AUGAAAGAGAAACAAAAGCUUAAACAUGAAUUGGUUAUCGUUCCGAAUAGGAUAGCUUUAACUUUUGAUUUGUGGGAAUCUACCACUAAUGAGACUCUAUAUGCUUUGGCUGAAAUGUUCCCUCACAGUGGAUCCAAUCAUGUUGGUAAGAAAUUAUAUGGAGAAUCUUUGAUAGAGAACUCCUCAGUUUUGCAGGACAAGAAAGAGAAUGUUAAUGCUGCUCUCGAAACCCCAAUAUCCGGCCAGGGUGCAAGUCUUUACCAUGAAGGUUGUUUACCUGAAGAAGCUUCAAAAAUUACUUCUUUAAAUGAAACCAUUUGGAAAAAACAUUCUGAGAAGGCACAUUUAUUGGUGGCAUCUCAUUGUAGUAGUCCAUUAAUAAAUCUUCAAAGCAUGCUUGAGACUGAGAUGGUUAAGCAUGAAUAUUGCGACAAAGUUUCAUUGCACGACUCUGAGUUAUGUUUAGCAAUGGGAUUAAAUAUGUCCAAACAAUCACAGAAACAACAACACAAAAAAUCAUAUGUCGAAUUAGACUCGGUCAGAAAUGUGGAUAACAACCAAAAACAACAUUUAAUCAAGGAACAUAUGAAAAAUGGCUUGUCUUCAGUGUCAUAUACUGUCAGUCAUAAAAGAUCACGAAAAAGGUGUGCGACUCAUGUUUACAUCAGUCAUACAAAUUUUCGUUUAAAGGUGUCAAAACAAGGAGCUACCAAAGAGUCCAAGCUGCACAAAUGCCAAAAGAAAGUCAAAAUUGUGACCUUUCCUUGUCCAAAAAUCAGCCCUGCUGCAAUGCUUCCAAAAACUGCACAAUAA